AUGGCUGUCGUAGGGCCUCAAGGUUGCGCCGAGAACCACGUUGAGGCACAGGGUCAAAGCUUGACCUUGCCUUUGAAUUCAAACGUCGAUGGAGGAGCCGCCACCAUCCCAGGCUCUCAAGUGGCCUUGCCAGGCUCACCAAGGUCGCCGGAAGCGGUGAGUGAGGAAGAGCGCCUGCGGAGGAUCUUCGGCCCGAGUGGCCUGCCUCCUGCGCCGCGGCCGCACCGAGGAGCCGCUGGCAUAGGCAACAAACGCAGUGCAGAACGUCAGGCAGGCGCGACUUUCGUUGGCAAGGUGCAUUACUCAGGGAGCUGGGCAGACGAAUUGGCGGCGAUUAUGGCCGACAAGAACGCCGAGUCGUAUUCUGUUCAAACGAAGGGCGGACAAGGUUCAUCCAUCCCACUUGUUGCUGGCGGGCAGCCGGGAGAGCUGGCCUCUACUCCCAUGAGCGAGGACUUCCCACUGAUCGUGAUCCCUAAGAAAGCUGAGGCAAAUCCUCACAAUCCUCAACGGCCGCAAGGGCUUGAAGGACUUGACUUCAUGCGUGAGUUCAUCAACCAGAGAGCAGGCGGUCCAAACCAUGGGCUGGAUCUUUGGCUUUGUCUGGCAGGCACGUGGACGAGUGAUAAGCUUGGUGAGUUGAGCUUUGGCUGGUGA